ACAGCAAUUAGAGAAUGUCUUGUGAAAACGAACAUUACCAUUCCCAUCUGCAUGGAGAUGAUGGUGAUGAAGGACAUGGACAUGGACAUAGUCAUAGUCAUUCACAUGGUCAUGGACAUAGUCAUAUAGCACCAAUUGCUACUCAUGAAUCACAAUCAUUAUUAAGUAAAAUCGAUUUAGAUCAUGUUACAGCUUUGAAUUUAGAGAAUGAUCCUGAAGAAUUACGACAAUUAUUCAAAUCAGCGGAUAAGAAGUAUAAUUUACAUCCUGUAAUCAAAUCAGAUGCAGAUUAUGAAUUACUCAUACAUAUACCUUUCAUUGAUGGAUCUAUCAAAUUAUUCUCAUUAAUACUUAGAACUAAUGGUGAUAAACACUGUCCCAAAUCGAUCAAAAUAUUUAAAAAUGAUAAGUCCAUGGACUUUGCCGAAGCAGAAGUCAAAAAGCCCGACUUUAUAAUUGAACAUCCCCAAAUUGGUGUCAUGUGUAAUGAUGAAGAUCAUGAUAUUAUGCCUGAAAAAUUGAUUACCGAUGAUGAUUUCAUUGAACAUUACUUCCCCAGACAUAAAUUCACGGGUAUUCAUCAUCUAACUAUAUAUAUAGAGAGUAAAUACUCUGAUGAAGAUGAAGAUGAAGAUGAUGAAAAUGUGUGGUUACAUUAUCUUGAGCUCAGAGGAGAAUUCACAGCCUUGAAUAAGAAUCCCGUAGUAGCUAUCUAUGAGAAGGCAGCUAAUCCGGCUGAUCAUAAGGUCAAAUCGGUGCUUGAAGAUACCAACAAUUUCACUCUCGGUAAUUAAGAAGUAUUUAUUAAAUAGUAAGAGAUCAAAAGAUAUAUAUUACAUAGUUUGUUUAGUAUAGUUUAGUUUAGUUAGGAGGGGUAUAGCUAUAGUUAAUAUAGUUAAGAUCCGGGGGACUACUCGUCAUGUGAUCGGAAAUGGUCGGAUUCACAGUUUUCGUUAUAUAGUGGUUUGUGUGGAGGUCAACAGAAGUCCGAACGCGACAUGGAUCACGGCGACAUUUCCCGGACCACCUGACUCGCCAUAAUUCAACUGGUGAUGUUUGAAUAUCCUACUACCUAACCGUGCGACAUUUUCCCAACCUCGACCACAGCGACAUCACAAUCACCAACCACAACUUUUUUUAAUUUUAUAUAAAUUCCCAUUGAUUCCCAUUGUUUUCCCAA